CGCGCUCGGCGUCGGCGGGGCGCCAUGGCUGCCGGGUGGUUCGUGGCGUUGCUGGGCGCGCUGCUCUUGGCCGGCCGGGCCGCGCGGGGCCUCUACUUCCACAUCGGGGAGACGGAGAAGCGCUGCUUCAUCGAGGAGAUCCCGGACGAGACCAUGGUUAUCGGCAACUACCGGACGCAGCUGUGGGACAAGCAGGCCGAGGCCUUCCUGCCCUCCACGCCCGGGCUGGGCAUGUUCGUGGAGGUCCGGGACCCGGAUGCCAAGGUGAUCCUCUCGCGGCAGUACGGCUCGGAGGGCCGCUUCACCUUCACCUCGCACACCCCCGGGGAGCACCAGAUCUGCCUGCACUCCAACUCCACCCGCCUGGCGCUCUUCUCGGGGGGAAAGCUGCGGGUGCACCUGGACAUCCAGGUAGGGGAGCAUGCCAAUAACUAUCCGGAGAUCGCGGCCAAGGACAAGCUGACGGAGCUGCAGCUGCGAGCCAGGCAGCUGCUGGACCAGGUGGAGCAGAUCCAGAAGGAGCAGAACUACCAAAGGUUCCGAGAGGAGAGGUUCCGCAUGACGAGUGAGAGCACCAACCAGCGGGUGCUCUGGUGGUCCAUCGCACAGACGGUCAUCCUCCUCCUCACAGGCAUUUGGCAAAUGAGGCACCUCAAAAGUUUCUUUGAAGCCAAAAAAUUGGUUUAACGUCUUCAGCAUCGCAUAGGCCAUUAUUCAUCAGUGCCCCAUUGUUGCUUUCCAUUGAGUUUUUUUUUAUUUUAUUUAAGUACUAAACCGAGAAAGAAGCACCACAGACAAGGCCCCUGUCCCAAUUAUACAAAUCCACAAAAACAUCUCAAAGGUUACCAUAUUUUUGUGCUGUGAAGCUAGUAAGGAUAGCUUGCCUCCAGCGUCGAGCUUUCCUGGAACAUUCCAAGAAGCUGCUUUACAAAAGACGGAGGGUUCCUUCCAUUCCUUUUGUAAGAGCUGCAGUUUGCCUAAAAGCUUCUCUUCUAAAGGCCCCUGUAACUCCUGAACUAUUCAACAGAAUACAAUUAGAGGGAAAAACAGAUUUACGUCGGAACUCUGCAGCAAGCCUUCCUUGUUCAAAUGUCAUUGGCAUAAAUAUUGUUUAGCAUUUCAGGUGGCCAAGGGAUCGAAGGAUUUUUUUUGCAGCAUUUUCUCUUCAAAAUCCUUUUUUUUAAGUUCUCAGUUCUCUAAGCAAAGAUUUGUUCUAGGCUGGAGAAUCAAUGCAAAUGAGGGAGUAGUAGAAGUUGCCCCCAGGUUUGUUGUAAAGGUCAAAUAAAGAACCCCCUUAAAUUCAUAAAUAGUUUGAUUUAGAGCUACUCUCAGAUGGAGAUACUCCUUGAGUAGAAUAAUGGUGUCAUCUCUUCUUACCAGCCUUUCUGUAAUUUGGAAGUAGAUCCAGCUACGGAACAACACAGUGCUGCAGUUUGGCAGCAGAAUUGGACCUCUGAAGUAGUAGGGCUGAAAGGGGGCAUUUUUUUCCUUCUCCGCUUGCCUGGGCAAGUUCGUCACGAGGCCCGUUUGUUACAGUUUUGGAUUGAAAUAAAGCUUUUUUGAAAGAG